CACACACACAAAACGAACCAGACUACAGCACAGACACACAGACAGAACGGACCAGACUUCUCCAAGCUCUGAAGCUGUAGAGACAGGAUGUGGCUGGAAGCUGUCCUGGUCCUGCUGUUGGCUCCUCACCUUCCACAGUCCCUCAGCAUUUCAGAGGAGCCAGAUGGAAGCAGCAUUACUCAGAACCAAUCUGAGACAUUGGCUGAGAAUUUCCCAGAAACCUCUGCGAGAAGCCAUAAGCCCCUGGGGGCGGGACAGGGUCGGGAGGGAUGUACCAUACCCUGUGAUGUCACUGCCAAGAUGCUACAAGAGGAGAAACACUCGCUGUGUGGCCAGCUGCAGCACUCUAUUUCUUCCUAUGGGAGGAGCACCAGGAAGCUGAUCAGAGAUAUGAUGGAAGAGCAACACAGAGCCCUGGAGUUCCUUACCAGCCAGGUGACAGAGUUGAUGACCAAGGUCCAGACUCUGAGCUCUGAGGUUCAACGGAGCAACAGUGAGAUGUUCUCUAUCAAGCCUGUACAGUCACACGGACGUGACUGCAGUGACAUUAAAGAGACUCUGGGCUCCAUUGUCCCCAAGACUCCUAGUGGCAUCUACAUCAUCCACCCUGACAACUCUGACACUCCCUUUGAGGUGUUCUGUGAAAUGGACUAUAUGGGGGGUGGUUGGACAGUGAUGCAGCGGAGGACAGACGGCCAGACAGACUUCAGCCGACCCUGGACUGACUACUCAGACGGCUUCGGACACCUACCAGGGGAACACUGGCUGGGUCUGAGGAAGGUGUUUCAUGUCCUCAACCAGAAGGAGGCUCGCUUUCAGCUACAUAUCGCUCUGGUCUCCGAAGACGACACUUCUGCAUACGCAUCAUACGAUGACUUCCGCCUCGACAAUGAGACAAACUUCUACAGCAUCCACCUGGGAAGAUACGCUGGCAGCGCAGGUGAUGCAUUCCGAGGUUACGACCAGGACCAGAAUCAGGAUACCGCUCCAUUCAGCACCUUAGACGUGGACAACGACGGCUGUUCCCCGUUCUGUUCCCUGGACAACCAGACGGUGGAGAGUUGUAGCCUCCAGAACCGCGGCAGUGGGUGGUGGUUUAACCAGUGUGGACUGGCCAACCUCAACGGGUCCCCACAGGACCUGUUGAGGAGCAGGAGAGACACAGAGCAGAUUGGGGCCGAGAAGGGGAGGAGCGAGAGAAAUAAUGGGAGGAUAGGGGAGGAGGAGAAGAGGAGUGGGCGAGGGAUAGAGAGUGGGGGAGAGGUGGAGCAGACCGGGGUAAAGAAAAGGACUAUUGAGGGAGAGAAGGAGAGUAGUUGGGGUGUGGAGGAGAGCACCGGGGCAGAGGAGAGGAGACUACCAUGUACAUGA